AUGGUAAAUGCAAACGAGUGGUUAGAUAAAAAAAUUCCGGCAGAUGAAAGAGAAAAAGCAACAACACUUUGCAUCUAUCAUCAAAAUUGUUCAUAUAGGAGUUCUCAAGACAAGAGAUAUUAUACAUAUCCUACUAAUGAAGAACAGAAUAACUCUCAAAGUGCUCCACAUUAUAGUUUUUAUAAUGUUAUUUUGGAAGGAAAGUUAGAUCUUAACAACUUUGUUAAUUUGAAUGAACUACGUAUCGAAGGUGAUGACCAGUACAAGGAUAAGGAUCGGCGACAAAAGUUAACUAGCUUGAAGAUUGAUAAAUGUACUAAGUUAGCUAAGAUCACAAUUAAUUAUACUACUCUUGGUUAUUUAAGCUUAGGUAGUAAACCGAACUUGCAAUCUGCUAAUUUUACUAGUAACAAAUGGCUUAAUUUUUGUGACAAUCUAUUAAAAAACCAAGUAGGAAAAUUAACCAGUUUAAUCCUAGCUAAAGACGAUAGUGAUUUAAAAUUAGAGGUUAAGAGAGUUAAUAAAGAAAGCUUAGAGUACCAGUUGGAUGUUACUAAAAGUAAUUUGGAUAGAAGUAAUCAAUUAUGGUUAGAAAGUUUGGUAGAUUCUCAAAAAGAAAUUUUAAAUAAUAGCAGUGCUUAUGCCCAUAAACAAUUAGAAAGAUGUAAAACAAUAUUGUCUGAAGUGUUAACUGCUGAAGAAAUUCAAGAUCUUUUAAGAAAAAUUAUAGAAAUAACUGAAUUGGAAACUCGAUUAAAUAAAGCAUCUUUGAAAGAUUAA